AUGAACUCAACAAAUCCAGAAACAGUUCUGGGUUUUGGUACGUGGGAACAGAUUGUAGAUAAAUUCCUCUAUUGUGCGAACUCUUCAAAGCAAACAGGUGGUUCGAAGAAAAUUAAAGAAGCAAACCUUCCACCGCACACUCAUACAGGAACUACAAACUUUUCUGGUGACCAUAGUCACUCAUUAAGAGACCAUCCAUUAUACAACUCAGAAUAUUAUGCUGGCAAUGACGUUUUAUCUCCAGAUUAUAACCAUUCGGCAAAAAAGACUUUUUGA